CGCAUUUCUCUCUACAACAGCCGUGAUACCCACCUUUGCGAUAACCUGUCAAUUGAUACUCCUUGACAUAUUGCGCUCGUUCCGGACUCGAUCCUCCGAUAUUCUCGUUCUCUUCGUCGCGAAGAAGCUUCUCAAUGGCUUCAACUGGCGUUAACGUUCUCCGAUACUCGGCUUUGGGCGCUGGUAUCUUCUACGGGCUCUAUCACCAAGCAAAGCUCUCUACAGCAGCAAAACUCUCCGCGAUCAACAGAGAAUACGAACACAAGCAAGAACUGAUUGAGAAGGCGAAGGUUGAAUACUCGAAAAAGAACGCACCACCGAGUGCUAAGAAAGAGGGAGGGGAUGUCAUAAGCGAUCCAAACGACUCACGAUUUGAUCUGGAGGCGUACCUGAAAACCCUAUCGAAAGAGAACCCAUAAAGACAUGAUAAAGAAGGAGUAAUGACAAGUGGUUCGGAGGGAUCGGAGAUAGAAAGCUGUGAGGGGCGAGCUAUAUUCAUGAAAGCUUUGCCUUGGGAGAUGCCGUGAUCCAUACAAAAGCCUUAGAUGUC